UCUACACGUUUACGUCUAUGACUGAUUACGAUUCGUGUCAAAGGCGAGAGGCGGCGUGACGCAUAUAUUGUUUUAAUAAGCUUCGCCAACGCUCAUAGGUACACUAUUGUUGUUGACGUUAUUUAUGUCUUUAUCACCGGAUUUUACUGGAAUAACACCGUGUAUAAAAAGAAAGUGUGUCACAAUUGUUUUAAAAUUAUUGUCGAUUUAUUAUACAAAUACAUGAAUAUUCAGUAUGACGAGGAUUAUUAAUAAAAAAUAUGUAGAGUGUAAUGGUCGUGAAAAUCGGUCUGUUAUCAGAAAAGACUUCGUGUUACUGAUUUUGCUACGAUAAUCAUAAAGUCCAGAUUUUUUUCCGGGCUGUCAACAUGAAAAAAAAUCGAAUCGAGGUGGAGAGGCGUUCGGGACUUGCCGGACCGGAAGUAUUUCGCCACUUGAUCGGGAUGUGUCUUCGGUCCUCGAAGAAAAUUGCCUUGACGGCAUUAGUAUUCACCAGUGUGUCGCUCGUGUUUAUUCUUAACUAUACGCGGCAUACACAGAAAGAUAAUUUUUCGUGGAAAAAAAUUGAGAUUAAGCGAGUUAUAAACAGUAUGGAUGUCUCGACAAGAUCUUUAACUCCAAAUCUGACGAGGACGAAGGUUGCGCCAUCCACAACGACAACGUUGUCUCCAGAACUUAAGGCGAUAACGCCACAACUUGAACUUGAUAAACUCAUUAAUGCGUCAUCUAAUGACAAAUAUCCAGUUACAAUACAUGGAAAAUACAUACUCGAAAAUUCGACAUUGUGUUCAUCCGCGAAAAAUCUCUCGGUGCUGAUAAUUGUGCACACGGCUCCGGACCAUUUUGAGUUGCGGCUGGCGAUUCGCAGGACGUGGGCGAAUGAUACGUACUACCGGAAGCUCGGUGUCUCGCGGGUGCUCUUCCUGCUUGGGCGAGUUGAGGACGCGGCACUGCAGGGGAAGAUGGAGGCGGAAUUCAAAGAGUACCGCGACAUGCUGCAGGGAAACUUCCUGGAUGCGUACCGGAACCUCACGCACAAGGGCGUUAUGGGAUACCGUUGGAUCACCGAACGAUGUAGAAAUGCGAAAUUUAUUUUAAAGACUGACGACGAUAUCGUGGUCAAUAUGUUUCAAUUGUUUACUCGUGUGCUUCCGAAUUUUCAGAACAAAACAAAACAAAUAUUUUGUAAUCAUAUUUACGCCGGAACGAUGCCGAUUAUUCGAGAGAAGAAAAGUAAAUGGUAUGUGAAUGAAAACCAUUUUCGGGGAAAGACGGCGUUUCCGGAGUACUGCAGUGGUUUUAUGGUUCUUUACACCAAUGAUGUUAUACCGGCAAUUUACAGAGCAGCCACGAUGACGCCAUUUUUCUGGGUUGACGACGUUUACCUCUAUGGGUUGGCUCCCGGCCACGUGCCUGGAAUAAAGUACAGCGACAUGAAGAAAACCGACCAUAUGCUUGAUGGGCAAAAGGCGCUGAGCUGUUACAGAAAUGUGACUGAAAAUCUCAGCAAAAAGUGUGAUUAUUUGGUGACUGGUUCCCGGAAACUUCAAGUGAGCGUGGAAACUUGGGUAGAAAUGAGAAAGCAGUUCGAACAUGUGUCGGGUACCUAUUCGCCUUUAACAACACCAAAAAUAUCAUCCAACCACACAUAAAUGUAAUGAAGCAUAUAUUCAUUUGAUACCGAGUUGCUUCUUGACAUGCCUUAGAUAUAAAUUUUGCAAAAAGAA